AUACCAGUCUCUAGAUAUUUCAAUUUCAAACAAUGAUAAGUUUCAUGGAGGGAGAUUAUUCUCACCUCAAUCCUCUUGUUAUACUCUUAAUCUUGCUUUCUUUGUUAUCUACCUCUAUUAUGGCUGAAACUAGUCUAGCUACCGAUCAAUCCGCGCUUUUGGCCUUGAAAUCUCGUAUAUCUUUCGACCCUAAUGGAAUCCUCAACAAUUGGACCAUUACAUCUCCUGUUUGCAAUUGGUUUGGUGUUACAUGUGGAAUCCGCCAUAGUAGAGUAACCAGAUUGAAUAUUUCUUUCCUAGGCCUUGCUGGAAGUAUUCCUCCCGAGUUCGGAAACCUAUCGUUUCUUGUUUCACUUGACAUCAAGCAAAACAACUUCAGUGGGACUAUUCCAAUAGAAUUAGCUCGUUUGCAAAGAUUGGCUUAUAUCAGACUGAGUUACAACAAAUUUGACAGGGAAGUUCCUUCUUGGUUUUCUUCAUUUCCACAUCUUAAAUAUUUAUCUAUCGCGAGUAAUAACUUUACAAGCUUGGAUUCAUUUAUCCGAUCAUUCUCAAAUGAAUCAAAGCUUGAAUCAUUGAUAGUAUCUUCUAAUCCUUUUGAAAGUGAAAUUCCAGCUUCAGUAGGCAGUCUUCAUAACCUCAAAGUACUUCGCAUGGAAGGCAAUGGUCUUUCAGGGUCUAUCCCUCGUUCAAUCAUGAACUUGACAAACUUAGAAUUUUUGUAUUUGUCAAACAACCGUAUUAGUGGAAUCAUACCACAAGAGAUUGAGAAUUUAAAGAUGCUUAAAUCACUGAAAAUUAACGGCAACAAAUUAACAGCAGGGCGAAUCCCAGUCUCAAUCAAGAACAUGACAAAUUUAGAGGCAUUGGAUUUGCAAUUUAACUCUCUUGAAGGGACGAUACCUGACAUUGUCGGGAGUCUUGAGAACUUGGGUUACUUGAACGUGAAUGAAAACAAGCUUUCUGGUUUUAUACCGUCAAGCAUCUUCAACAUAUCAUCCCUUGAAGUUUUAGUCCUUUCCAACAAUAACUUCUCUGGUACUCUCCCAAGUAACAUAUGCCUUGGACUUCCACUACUGAAUUCGUUUUUUAUACCAAGAAACAGGAUACAAGGACAAAUUCCAUCAAAUUUUUCUUCAUGUCCUCAGCUUAAAAAAUUAUCAUUGUUUAGUAACAAUUUUACUGGAAGCAUACCAGAAGACAUUGGAAGGUUACAAUGGCUUCAAGGGUUGUUUCUUGCCGAGAACUCCUUGACAGGCUCUAUACCACCAAGUAUUUUCAACAUAUCCACCCUUCAAGUCAUGAAUUCCUGGUCUAAUCGUUUGUCUGGUACCCUUCCACAUGACAUGUGCCUUCGACUUCCGGUGCUCUAUGGGCUUUCUCUAAAUUAUAAUAUGAUUCAUGGACGUAUUCCAUCGAAUUUUUCUUCAUGUCCUAAACUUGAGACCCUUGAAUUGGGACAUAACAAUUUAACUGGAUCCAUACCACAAGAUAUCAGGAGUUCAAACACCCUUGUAAAGUUGGGUUUUGAAGACAACAAGUUAACAGGUACAAUACCGUCUUCCAUUGAAAAUCUAUGGCGUCUUAUAGAUCUGGCACUUGACUCCAACAUGUUGAUCGGUGAGGUUCCAUCCUCCAUAUGCAACUUGAGCUCACUCAGAAACCUUUAUUUAUCAUCUAACAAUUUGGAAGGAACACUGCCAAAUUGUUUGGGAAACUUCAGUGAAACUCUCCAGGUGAUGCUUUUGUCAAAAAAUCGCUUUCAUGGCCCCAUACAAAUAUCAUUCGGCAAUGGUUGUGCGUUGGUGUAUCUUAGCUUGAGCAACAACCAACUAGAAGGACCCUUGCCUCAAUCCUUGGCCAGUUGCACAUCAUUACAGGCUCUCACUAUCGAAUAUAAUGAAGUGCAAGACUCUUUUCCUAUUUGGUUGGAAACUCUUCCGCAGCUUGGCGUUCUUAGUUUAAGCUCCAACAGAUUUCAUGGCAGAAUACCUGAUUCAAAGAGCAAUGUUUCAUUUCCCAGCUUGAUACUUCUUGAUAUCUCCAACAAUUAUUUCACUGGCAACUUGCCAAUGACUUAUUUGAAGCAUUUUGGUGAGGUGUGGGAUUAUAAUCAGACUGGUCUCUAUUUCACCGUCGACUUUUCUCCAGACAAAGCAUUCACAACUAGGCGUAUUUCAGCAGUUGUCACUUUGAAAGGUGUGCCGACAAACUAUAGCGAAAUACAGACAACACUUGCUAUGAUUGAUUUGUCGAACAACAAGUUUUCCGGAAGCAUUCCUGAUUCCUUUGGAGAUCUUAUCGCUGUCCGGCAUUUAAAUUUGUCUCGGAACAAUCUCACAGGGAAUAUUCCUGCGACGCUGGGGUCUUUAAUGAAGAUGGAGGCCAUGGACUUGUCGUGGAAUGGCUUAGAAGGGGAGAUUCCGGUGCAGCUAGGAAAGUUAUCAUUUCUAUCCAAGUUCAGUGUAGCACACAACAAUCUUUCAGGACACAUACCUACCUCUGGUAGCCAGUUUGACACAUUUGAUAACAGCUCAUACAUUGGAAACUCAGAGUUAUGCGGACAUCCAUUGACUAAGAAAUGUGAUGAUGAGAAGGAGUUGCCUUCAAAGGAAGAUGACGGGGAUGAGGCUGAGGGCAUAUUUGAUGGACUUACUUGGCAAGGUGUUGUCAUGGGCUACGGCUUUGGAUUACUCGUUGGAGUGGUCCUCGGCGCAAUAUAUUUGUAGUUAAUACUACGUGGCCGUGUGCUUUCUCGAGCAUCUACAAAUAUUCUACAGUUGUAUAUAUGUGUAAUAACAACAAAUGUGAAUGUUAAAAAAACAGUUGUUAUUGAUAUGCUGAUUAAGAACCAACCAAUGUGUAAUUUUC